CUUAAUGCUGUCAUAGUGAACCGGAUAAGUCAUAACGGAUUUUGUGUUCAUAUGUGGACAAUAUAAGUUGUAAAAAUGGCUUCAAAUCAUCCGGAAAUGACAAAUUCAAAAUUUCACAACUGGAUAAAAUCUGGACUUGCUAUAAAAUACACAAAGGAAGGUUUACAAGAUGCUGUCAUACAGGAAAUGCAAAGUUUUCAUAACCAGUGUUAUAAUGGUGUAUUGACGAGAAAGGGACUUCCUGUAGGAACGAUAUGCAAUUUAUGUACCACCGAAAGCAUCAUGAUUUGUGGUACCAAUAACACAAUAUGUAAAAGAAUUGGACAGAAAUGUCUAUCCAAACAUCGACCGUGUUCCUUAGGAAUAUGUGAAGAUCAGAGGGACAAUAUAAUAAAAGCUCACAGAUAUUCAGAACCAUCUUUCAAGAAUAGCGAUGCUCAGAAAUGGUGUGUUAACUACUUUGAAGUAAUGAAAUGCUUUUUGCCACGAGAUGGAUACACAGAUAAAUCGACGGUUGACGAGAUAGAUUUCAAUGGAAUCAUUAGUGUAGUGAUUUCCUUUAAAUACUUCCAAAACAAAAUCGCAGAAAAUCUUAACACGAAAAACAACAUAUUCAAACAGGCAAGAGAAAUUGGUAGAAUGUUUCGUCAUACGUCAAACUGUGAACUGAGUGACACAGAUUUUGAAAGUCAUAUUGAUGUAUUGUCUGCUGUUUUGAAAGACCCAAAGUAUUUUGCUGCUUUUCAACAGUCAAAAGAUGCGGUUUGCAAGCUGGAAGAGUUGAGAUCCGUCAGCUGGAAAUUAAUGAAUACGAAGACAUCUGAAAUAUUGAAUGAUAUUGAAAACGCUAUAAAGGACCAUCGGGAAACAGCUCUUGGAUGCAUCAAAGAGCAAACAGAAACAUCAUUAAAAGCUAUCGAAACAGCAAAAGGGCAGUUAAAGUUAAGCAAUCGAGUUGAGGUUGAAGAAAUAGUCAAAGAGAUUAUAUCGGACAUUCAUUAUGAGAGCAACACAACCAUAAAUUCAAGCAUUGAAAAUCAACUUUCAGAACCGUUAUUAGGAAGCGAAUCAGUAUUCUUUAGAGGAGGAGAAGUGGAAAUUCUCCCCAACCAAAACAUUAGAAUAAGAACUUGUCUUCCAAGAAGGCAGCAUAGAAUGAAGAAGGUUUUUCGGAGAAGAAUUGUGCAACAUUACGAGAUGAAAAAAUCAAAAUUACAAGUGUCUCCAUUGCUACAGGAAGAAGAUGCACCAUUGAGAGAUUUAUAUGUUUUUCCAAGUAUGAAAAUACUUGAGCACCACAAAAUACAAAGCAAAGAUGUUUCAGUGAAUUCCUACACUGAUAUUUUUUUCAAAGGCAAUAAAGAAUGCAAAAACAUAUAUAUAACUGGUGAUGCUGGGAUAGGGAAAACUGCAUUUUGCCUACGAAUGAUUCUUGUUUGGUGCUUUAAACCUGAAAUAAAAACAAUUAAAACAUUUGCUUGCUGUAUUAAAAAAGAAACUAUGAAAAAAGAAAAUUUAUUUUCUCACGAUGACUUACAAGUAAUGAAAUCGUUUGAAUUUCUGUUUUACAUUUCUCUUCGUGACACAAGUCUUUGUCACGUAGAAGAUAUGAUAAUGCAACAGUUAGGCUUUGGAUGUAGCAGGUCAUAUCUCACUUCUAUUCUGGACAGAUAUAAAUGUCUUAUUAUAAUGGAUGGCCUUGAUGAGUGGAACCAUCCACCGUUUCGAACACAUGCAUGUCCACCGGGGGAUAAGGUGCCACACAGGCAAGCGUACAAGAAUUGCACAUUUAUAACAACUUCAAGGGCUUCUAAAUUGGAUAUGAUUCGUCUAAGCACAAGUGAGAUCGAUCAGCUAGUUGCAAUAAUCGGUAUAGGAACGGACCAAUAUCAAACCUUAGUAAAAGCAGUUGUGGACAUUUUAAAUAUGAAAUUAAACAAAGACAAUAACUCUGAGGCAUUCAUUGCCUUUAUGAAACAGCAAAACCUUCUUGAUUUGACACAAAUCCCUAUUGUUGUUAUGCAACUGAUAUGCCAAUGGUAUGAAGAAGACUCGUUGGAUACACGAAAAUCAAUAGUUUACGGUAAGACAAUGCAAAUGUUAUUCACCAGAAGCAAAACAAUGGAGCUGAAGUCGUUGCCAGAGUUGUCACUAUCAUUUCCAAAGCAGUGGAAAACUGUACCGGUAUUACAACAUUUAUGCUACUUUGCAUAUGUAACAUUAUUUCCUGAUGAUGCAAAAAGCAAAGGUCUUGUAUUUAAUAACGACGACCUGGAUCAAAAUUUGUAUGGCUUGAAAAGAGGUGACAUGAAUACAUUAUUAUCAGCUGGUAUAAUCUCGAGGAAUAAAGUGCUAACCACACUCCUGGAAAGGAAGUUCAAAUUGCAAUUUAUUCAUAAAAGUUUCCAUGAGUUUGUAGCAGCAGUUUACAUCGCAAUGGAACAAGAUGAAUCAUAUGAAGUUCUUAAUUAUUUUUCGAACGUUUCACAUUUUCUUGAAUUUUCAAACGUUCUUGUUUUCUUAGCAAGUCUUUGUCCUAAUGUUUUUCAACAUCUAAACCAAAUUCUCUUGAAACUGCUCCGUAAGGAUGAAUAUUUUGUAGAAUAUAGGAAAAUACAUUUCUCAGGUUUCAUAUUCUACAAAUCAAAUAUAAGAUACAUUAGAUACAAAGAAUGUCAUGCAAGCUUAAAGGCUUUACAAAGUCUCUUCAUCAGUUGUGCUAGAGAAAGUAAACAACUGAUUUGUACAGAAUAUGCCGUUCAUGUAGCAGAUGUCUAUAUUGACGACGAAAAACAAAUUGAAGAACCAUAUUUCGGCAGCCUUUUGAAGUCUGAAACGAUUUUAUCUCUUUCAACGUGUGGUAUUAUCAAAAACCUAUCAUUUGUUGAUAAUCUGGUAAAAUUUUGCUCGAAGGGCCCAUGUAGUGAAUUUUAUGUUAGCAAUUUAGAGAAAUUCACACAUUUGCAAUGUUUAGUGAUAAGCAUUUGCAAACUGCAGACAAGCCUCAAUUUAUAUCAACUUAAAGAACUUGAAUCUUUAACAUUAUUUGACGUUCUUCUAGAUCAAAAUGAGGAUUGCGAAAUUUCUAAAGUGCAACAGUACUUACAAGCGCAGACAAAACUCACACAGAUUUCACUUGUUGAGAUAGAAUGUGCAUGUGCAAAACAUAAUGGAACAUCAACUAUGGAGAACAGCGUAACACUAGAUAUAUCUAAACACAAAGAUCUAAUAACACUAGAUUUAAGGCGUGUUCCUGUUGUGGUUACAAAUGUAAAUACUUGCGAGCUUGAGUCAUGUAUUAUAGAAACCGAUGUUGAAAUUCACCAAAGCUUACUUGUUUGUCUCGAAUGUGCUCCCAAAUUAGAAUGUUUGACAAUAGAUCUUGAUAACUGUAAAUCUAGCAGUGUAAACUCAUUAAGUGUUGGUGAAUCACUUACGAAAAUAAUUCCAACUCUACAGUGUUUAAGAAACAUAAAACUCGUCAAUAUUGAUUUUGGAAAUGGGAUUAUAACAUUAUCUUCACAAAUGAAAGCUUUGGAAAAUAUAAAAUUAUGGUGGUGUACACUUUCAGUUCCGUCAAUAACCAGUACUAUAGAUACUUUACCCGUUACGGGUUCAAAAUUAAUUAUCGAAUUGAAUAGAUGUAAGGUACUGUCUUAUCAAGACCGCGUAAAUCAACUUCAAAGAUUACAGUUGAAACUUAAAUCGGAGGAUCGAUUUGAAAUUAUGAAGUAUAGUUUGCUCGACACACAAGAAUUAUCGUUUGAACUUUCAUCUGUGAGUAAUUCAGAGAGCUUAUAAAACAUAAGAACAAACUUACAUGAACAGGCUCAAUCAAACCGAGCCUUUCAAUAUUGUCGUGUUGGGCUUUCUUGAGGGAUUCUGUUUUACUCUAUUUUAGACAUAAAAUCAGUCCCAAUAAACCAGAAAAAAACAACAAAAAAUGUGUAAAAUCAUUUAAUAAUGAAAUUUUGGUUCAUGAAUUUUCGUUGCUAAAUACUGGUUACUUGUAUAUAGUAUACAUGUAUAUGCUUACAGUUUUCCACUUGCUAAAUGUAAAUGAGGUUUUAAAUUUGAUUCAAAACAGAAUGCAAAAUUUUACACAUUUUAAAAUAUCAAAUAAACUAUAACAAUGUAUGUUAAAUAAAGUUUAUAUACAAAAUUGUAAUAAAAAAAACUUGUUUCU